AUGAUAUCGAUCGAUUUCGUGGGUCCACUCACGCGCUCUAAGCGAGGGAACACAGUGUUGCUAGUGAUAGUGGAUUGGGUAAGCAAGUAUGUGAUCGUCAAGCCAAUGCGCACAGCCGAUUCGCAAAAGAUGGUGGAGUUUCUAGAGGAAGAAGUAUGUUUGAAGUUCUCACGUCCUCGGCUGAUACUGUCGGACAAUGGGAAGCAGUUCGAGUCCAUGGUCUUCAAAUCUUGGCUAGCAAAGCACAAGAUCGGCCACAUGAAAACCGCCUACUAUUCGCCACAAGCGAACAACGCCGAACGCGUCAAUCGCGUCGUGGUCACUUGCAUUCGGACGCUCCUUGACGGCGAUCAUCGUGAAUGGGACGACAAGUUGCCGGCUAUCACAGCGGCGAUCAACGCGGCGAAACACGAAGCAACGGGUGUAAGUCCACACGAAGCCAAUUUCGGACGUAACCUGCUGCUACACACGGAUCUCUACACACAGCAAUCGUUGAACACGGCGGAGGAUCCAAAGGUCGCCCAGGAGAUGAGAUUGUCGACGAUUCGCCGUAUUCAGAAGCUCAUCAUCGAGCGGAUCAAAAACAGCCACGAGCGAGCGAAGCAGCGAUACAAUCUACGCACGAGAGCGGUGUCAUUCAAGGUCGGAGAUCUGGUUUGGCGCCGGACAUUCAUCCUUUCAUCGAAGGCGGACCAAAUCAACAGCAAGCUAGAGCCGAAGUUUGUUCCGGCAAUCGUGAAGGAAGCCCUUGGAACAAAUGUGUACCUGUUAGAGGACGUUUUGAGUGGGAAGAAAGGUCGAUUCCAUGCAAAAGACAUCAAAGCCGAUUAA